GGCACUCGGCGAGAACAGCUGUUUCCGCCUUAUUUCAUUUAUUUGUUCUCUUGCUCGUCCUCGAUCUCUAAAAUGCCGUUCGUUUCCCCUUAGUUUUGAUGAUGAGUUAUCGUUCGUGUGGUAUCCCAGCCUGUUUUGGUGUAAGGGCGAGAGAGAGUGAUGUGCAGUCCAUGGAUUCCGGUACGAUAAAACGUUUUUGGGAGCAAUUGUCGGAUGGCAACUCGGGGGGCGUCGGAAAGUUCUAAAAGCCAGUUGCCAAGAAGCCGACAGAGUAAGGUGAUGUUUGUCUGUCUGUCUGGCGCCGUGUGCCUUUGUGCGACAUCAUUGUUCUUCUGACCCUUUCUCUCCCUCUCCUCCUCCUUUGUGUCCCGCUUUCUUUGCUUUUAAAGCUGCAGAUUCCGUGCGGCUUAUAAAUCUCCUCCCCCUCAUCCCGCCGCCAAGACCUAUACUAUAUUAAAGGCCUAUAGCCGCUCGAUGCUGUGACGUUGCUCAAUCCGAAUUGCGAACGUUUUUCCCCCAAGUGGCAGUGAAAGUGUCUUAAUCCCUUCUUAACGUUUAAGGAUCCCGUCGAAAAAGCAGGUUCUUUGUGGUAUCCGGCGGAAAUCAUUGCAACCCACCGGCUAUCCUGAAGUGGAAACAAGCAAAUGCUUACGUUGCGUGAGCCCCGUUUCGCUGUGUCGUGAGGGCCUCAAGAAAGAGAGCCAUGCUGUGUCAGUGACGCUGGCAUUGCAUCAUCGACGCCAUCGCCAAUGUUUUUUACACGUCUUUGUGAGCGAAAGUUGUCCUGAAAACGGUUCUCGAAACCUCCGGUUGUACUAUCGAUUGUUCUUUUGCCACGAAUCAAAACCGCUCCCCGGAGUGAUGAGCGCUUAGCGCAAAUAAAUCGAUAGGGCAAAUAAAUCUUGUUUUGCCGCGGCGUCCCGAGGAAAGAGAGAGAGAGAGAGAGGAAAUAUAACGUCGGUGAGAUUGAGAGAGAGAGUGGACGAUAAAGUUGUUGAAUAAUGUCGAGUGGAGCGCUAAACGGUAUGGGGAGCGAGAUGGAGCACAGGUUGGUUAGUUCUACCACGACCAGCACGCUCGUGUCACCCUCCACUCCGCCCUCCGCCGCGCACUACCCGCUCAUGGAGACCACCACCACCGCCAGCACAUACAACACCGGCGAGACGUUGAGCAACACGCCGCGGGUGUAUCCGAUACGAUGGGUGAUCCUGUUCCUUUUCGUGUUCUACUCGAUGUCGAACGCCUUCCAGUGGAUCCAGUACUCGAUCAUCACCAACAUCAUCGUCUCCUACUAUGACGUCAAGACGACCCAAGUCGACUGGAUGUCCAUGAUCUACAUGAUCACCUACAUCCCCCUCAUCUUCCCCGCCUCCUGGUACCUGGAGAAAUACGGUCUUCGGAAGGCCGUGCUCAUCGGAUCGUGCGGAACGAUGAUCGGAUCCUGGGUCAAGGUCGGCUCCGUGUCUCCCGACCGCUUCUACGUGACCUUCAUAGGUCAGUGCAUCGUGGCCGUCUCCCAGAUAUUCAUUUUGGGCAUCCCCGCCCGCCUGGCCGCCGUCUGGUUCGGCCCCAACCAGGUGUCGACCGCUUGCGCCAUCGGAGUCUUCGGAAACCAGCUUGGCGUCGCCACAGGCUUCCUGUUGCCCCCAGCCAUCGUCCCAGAGUCCCACGAUAAGGAGGUGGUCGGUUACUAUCUCUCUUUCAUGUUCUACGGCGUCGCCAUUUUCUGUACUGUCCUCUUCGUCAUCAUCGUGUUUGUGUUCAGGGAAAAGCCACCAACCCCACCCAGCACUGCAGCCUUCAUGACUGAAGAGGCUGGGUCUUACUUCCAGGGAGUGGUCAGGCUCAUGAAGAGUCGAGGUUACGUGUUGCUGCUUCUGUCGUACGGAAUGAACGUCGGAGCCUUCUACGCGAUUUCCACCUUACUCAAUCAGGUGGUGCUGACUCAUUUCCCGAACGAGACAGAAAAUGCUGGGCGUAUUGGACUUCUGAUUGUAUUGGCUGGCAUGAUGGGAUCUGUCGUCUCAGGAAUAAUUCUGGACAAGACAGCCAAAUUCAAGGCAGUAACUCUGACGAUCUACGUUUUGUCAUCAGUGUUCAUGCUGGGUUACACGUUCAUCUUCCGCCUGGAGACUCUUUGGCUGGUCUUCCUCAUGGCAGGAUUGCUCGGAUUCUUCAUGACAGGAUACCUGCCAGUAGGCUUCGAGUUUGCAGCAGAAUUGACAUAUCCUGAAGCUGAAGGGACCAGCUCUGGACUCCUCAAUGCAUCUGCGCAGUUCUUUGGCAUUUUGUGCACAAUGGCUGAUGGCCAACUGUUAGCUGCGUAUGGUGACAUAGCUGCUAAUUUCCUCUUAGUCAUCGUCCUAGCAGUGGGAGUGGUCAUGACAGCCUGCAUCAAGGAGGAAUUGAAGAGACAGGCGGCCACCAAAAAAUCAGACGCCCAGGCAGGAGUCGAAGAUAAGGAGCCGAGAGUCUAGGAGUGAGACCCACAAGUCAUUCUGGUUCAUCUCAGUAUUAUAGUCGAUGUAAUUUAUGCUCUCAUUUGUAAACAAGAUGUACACAUACGUAUAUGACCGUGUGUGUAUGUUUGUUUGUACAUACGUAUAUACCAUAGCUGAUAACCUGAUGUAACGUGAAUGAUAUAUGACCUGUUGUGUAAGUUUUUACAUGCGUGUAUGUAUGCAUAUAUAUAUAUCCACACAUACUUACAUUGAUGCUUGGACUAUCUUUCUCUUCCUGACUGAAGCACACCUUAUACAUCCUCCAGAUUAAAACUACACUAAACAACUCUCAGACUCGUCCCUAUUUUGAUGUUGGUUGGUUUGAUGACCGACAACGAAACCACAAAAGAAUACAAAGAAAAUUCUUAAGUGAUUUGACAAUACGUACAUGCAAAUAUAUACUAUAUAGAUGUCUCUUGACAUGAAAUAAGGGGUCUACAUCCCCUCCUCCCCCUUAGGACUUCCAUGUAAACCAGAUUAGUGAUACAUCAAUGUGCAUUAGACCUUUUCGUCUUUCGAUUUUAAUGACGUCAAACGUCAUCAUCAGCCUCCAUGGCACAGAGCAGAAGACAAAAUUUCUUGUCGUAGCAUUUUUACCAAGCUUUUAUACUCUAGGGAGAAAAUUCCUUGUCAUAGAAAGGAAUCCUCAUCUUAACUCAUGAUGCAGACUGUGGAACAAAAGGCAGGUUUGUUUGUUUUUUUUUUCUAAAAUUAAGAGAAAAUUUUACUCAUUUUGAUAGAGUUACAUACAGUUGCUACAAGUGCAAAAAAAGAAGAAAACACUGUCUUUCAGACUAGUCAGAUGGUUAAAAUCUUUGCUGUCUUUGCCUGCCUUAACCUUGACAGACAGUUUUGAAGAUUUUCAGGACCCAAAUUGAAUCAGUCACCACUUUGAGAUGAUAACAUCUUGUAAGAUUGUCUGCAAAAUAUAUCGUACCAUGUUUGGAAAACAACAUUCCUGCUUUCUAAAAAUAAACCACUGCACUUUCUAGGCUAUGAGUCAAUGCCUUUCUGUUUUGCAGUGAUUGUUUUAGAGUGAGCCUUGAGCAUCGCUUUCACUCAGAAUGUUCAGCCUAAGGUAUAUUUAAGAGGAAUGCAGAUCAUGACCUAAUCGACCAUAAGAGGGAAGAGUCAAGCCUUUUGAAUAAUCGUCGUAAGUGCCAUUUUUGAGAGAAAAAUAUCAAUCUUAAGAAAACAGGAGAAACACAAUCUUUCCCUCAAGUGUUCUACUAGAAGAUGCCGUUACAGAGAAGGUGCUAUGGAGCAUUACCAAAUUUAAUACAUGUAUCAAAUACAUUUAGUGACCAGUGUAUUUAACGCAUGCGUGGUUGCAAGUAUAUAUCGUCGUACAGUUUUCAUACAUGUAACCAAACAUAUUCAUAUGUAUCUUAUGAGCUUUAUGUAUAUAUAUGACUGUAAAUACCAUUAUUUUGAAGUGUGGCUUCUGAGAGAUGCUUUCCUUGCACAAACAUGUGGAGAUGUAGUUGGAUGUCAGAGACGUCUCUAUGUUAAGUUUGAUAAAUAAGGGCAUCAGAUGCCUACUCUUGCAUGUGGUCGUGAAUGUGUAAGAAUAACAGUAUAACAGGAAGUGCUUAUUUAGCUAGUAAUUUAAAUAUCUGAGGUAAUGAGAGUUAAUGCAGAAGGUUCAGGUAUUAUUCCUCCAAGGGUUUUCCAGCCCUUGGGAGAAAGGAACCCCAUUUGAUUGUGUUACUGUUUUCUCUUUUCUAGUACAGAAAAUGGUAAGCCCUGCAACUGCUGAGAGAUUUUAUCAGUAUAGGUUCACUUGGAGUUUUUACAUUUGUGUUAUUGUUCUUUCUUUGUUUAUUCUUAAAACACCCAAUUGCAAGUAUUUCUUUUAACAGUUUCACUCAGAUCGCAUCUGUUUUUAGUUCAGAUUACUGUCCUUUCCUUUUGGGUAGAGUCUGGAGGUCCACACCAGACUUCAUGCUCUCUUUCACACUCUACCUCACACACAGACUCCCUUGGAGCAACAACCUGUGCUGGUAUAAGCCAGCUUAAUCUAAACCACCCAACCUCCUUCAGAUUUCUGUUACUAUAGUGCAAUCGGUUCCUGGUGUUUUCAUUUAGUUUAGUGAUAAUCUUUUCAUAUUUGAAUAUUAUAGGAGGAAUGUGUUUUUAUUUUUGAAUGUUAUAGGAGGAAUUACCAUUUUUAAUUAACAAUUUGUUUCAUACUUUUCAUACUGAGAGAUUUAUUCAUACUAUAAGGACUGUUGCAAAAAUGUAAAUCAUAACUAGCAACUAACUGCAUUACUCAAUUUCAGUGCAGCUAGAAUGCGGGAAUGGAAUAGCAGAAAGAUAGAUUUUAAACAGAAAUAUAUUCAUUUUACUACAAGGAAGAAAAUAUAACCAGAGAUAUUCAAGGCUGCUGCUAAACUUGGAAGUGAAGUAUUUAUGGCGAUAUGUAAGUCACUGAAGCAGUUGAUUGAUUGUAUUGUUAUGUAAGAGAAUGUAGUUUUUAAAAGGUCAUCCAUUUUAUAAUGGACACUUUUUCUUAGAAAGCAGUUUAUCAAAGUUUGAAAGCAAUGCUGAAGGAUGCAAAAGCUUCAGG